UCGGACGAGGCACUCUGUCUUAUUCUCGAUGAAAAUGAAUUUUCACGCUUACUGCGAUUUGAUGGUCGUGUUUGUAGUCUUUGUUGGGUUCUUGCUCGAGUUCAUGUCUGUGCUUGUGGUCGUGUUCGUGGUCAUGCUCAUAUUCGUGUUAGUGGUAUUGUUCAAGUUUAUAGUCAUGCCUGCGUUCGUAUUUUUGGUCGUGUUUGUGUUUGUGAUAGUGGUGGUGCUCGUGACCCUAUUCGUGCUCGUGUUCACGGAGGUGACCCUGUUCGUAUUCGCAGUUGUACUCAUGGUCGAGUCCGUGGUGUAUUUCCGUACAUGGUUACGUUCGUGGUGGUGUUCUCGCAUUUAUUUAUGAGCAUUAUCGCUGUCAUUAUUAAGUUUGUGUUUGUGUUCGUAGUAGUGCCUGCUUUCACAUUCGUCCUAGUAGUCGUUGCCAUGGUCGUGGUUGUGUUGCUUCUGAUGUUGGUUCUCAUAUCCGUGGUCAUGAUUACAGGGCAUUGCCUCUUGCCGUCUUCGCGACGGACUGACGACGCAGCCUCUGAUUUCGCGUUCUCGCCCCGCAGACACGCAGCCUCUGCGUCAUGCUCUCGGCUCCAGCCAACAUAUCGUCUCCUGUAUUCACUGAGCAUACCAGAAUCGACACGCCUGGAUCCCGACAACCGCUGGAAAGCUGGUGCUCUGAUUGCUGCCUCGGUCGCACCUGACAACGGCAUGACAACGACUCGUACACCUUCACACCGGCCGGCAGCCACUCAGCUCAAGUUUGGCAGUUUGAGCUCGGUCAGCCGAAGGACACAGUCACAGACAGACACAGUGGCCGGGAGAUGGGUGUACGGCAUCAGGAGAGACAAAUAUAGAUACAGAUAA